AUGCCAGAGCAAGCCAAUCUCGAUGGGCUGGUCGGUGGCUUUGAGGGAUCCGAUCUAGCCGUGCAAGUGAGUAUGGGCGUGUUCGUGUGCAUGGCACUGUACAAAGCAGUGGAAUUGAUCCCGCUGAUCUUCAUGUCCUUCCGCCACUACCGUGGCCUAUACUUCUGGUCCCUUUUUCUGUCAACAGUGAUUGGAAAUAUUCCCACGACGAUCGGUGCCCUCUAUUUCUUUGCCAUUGGACCCGUCGCCGCGGCAAUGGCCAUCUCCGAUUUCGAGUUUUUGUUCAUGGUGCCUGGCCAGUUCCUGCGUGGUAUUCUCGCUCUCAUUAUCACUACCGGGAUUACCAUGUUCGUCUUGACGACUACAACCUCUUAUGGGUCGAUCUACAGACAAAACCCGGCCUGGGACACGGCGUAUAGAAUCGUCGAGCGGAUACAACUACUGGUGUUUGUCGCCCAGGAGACUUUCAUCUCAUGUCUCUAUAUAUGGAAAACGCUGGGUUUACUCCAGCUCAAUCCUGGACGAAGGGGCAGUCAGCGGAGAAGUAUCAUGUACCAGCUCUUGGCUAUCAACCUCGUCAUCAUUGCUAUGGUUGCUGUUCUUCCGGUGGUCGAGUUUGUGAACUGGCGCUAUAUCCAGGUGACUUUGAAAUCGGCGAUUUAUAAGUGUUAA